AUGACUCACGUUCGAACUCUUUUGUUGGGUUUAACUUGUCCACGCUACUUUUCUACCAAUUCAUUUGGUGAACUUGAAACUUGGUAUGAAGAAAUAGACAAAUCAUCUCUUAUCAAUGUACAUAUGAUUCAACCAAUAUGUCCUAUCGGUCAAAUAUCACCACCGCCAUUCCUUCUUGCUGCUUACGGUACCAACAGCUUCUCAGCAGAUUGUGAUCCAAAACAAAUGAAAGCAAUGCGGGACUCCAUGGGAUUUGAAGAACAUCCUAAUCGUUUUGAAAUUUCUUUACUUAGAGUGAGUGAACAAGUAUAAUUAGUUUCAUAUGAAAAAGAAAAUCAAUCGGGAUUCGAGUAAACGAUUAUAAUUGUACGGAUUGAUGAUUUUCUUCAUAUUACUUAGAGGAUAAUAAAUGUCUUCGGUGUCUAUUUAUAGGUUGACGAAGUAUUUCUUCUCAUAUAAAUCUAUUUUAUUUCUUGAGAAUUAAAAAUAAUACAAUAAUCACCUUCAAUUAUCGUUUUUAGAAAAAAAAAUCUGAAAAUAUCUUUCAUCAGCUAUCACCUAUCAAUGAAUUUUUCGGAAAACAAUAUUAGUAUUUCAGUACAAUAAAAACAAUGUUCAAGCACAUGAAUUUAUUCUUAUUCUUGUUUUCCAUUGUUUAGAAAACUUCAUGGUUUUUUUUGAGAUCAUCACAGCUAUUUGUAUGUUUACAAGAUGCGCCACAUUUAUGUACUAAGCUGCGCAACCGUCUUUUGUCUUCAAAAACAAUUUUAUUAAUAGGAAAAAGGUAUGCCAGCAUUAAACAUCUCGUGGAAUUGAUUGAGAACCAUUCAAAGAUCGAUCAUGGAUUAGCCAUAUCAGAUGUUUGUCCAAAGGACAAACAAAAUUAUUCAUCUUGCGAAAAGAUCACGAGUGAUGCUGUUUUUUUCUUCUAUUAAAAAUGUUUCGAAUUCUCAAGCAACCCAAGCUUAUCUACAAGUAAUAUUUUUUGCUUUUUCUAAGUAUGGAGUCGUUAGAUAUGAUAUAAUCGAGGUAGUUCUCUUUCAAAAUAUUAUGUAUGACAUAACGAAAGUUGUUUAAAAGUUUUCGCUACUUCAUUACUGAGUACUGCUGAACGGUCAAAUUUUAUUAAUUUCAUUUUGAUAGGUCAUAAAAUGUGUCCGUUUUGCCUUUAUCGACAAAAGCACUAAUAUAAUUGAUCGUCUUUACUAUGCUUGGUGUUCAGUUUUUAUUAUAUGGAUCUGGUCUGCGUGGUUACACGAGACAGCGGCUGAUGAACUUAAGGAGAGAGCUUCGAAUUUGCUCUCAAGUGACGCUGGUAGAAUUAUUCCAAAAAAGAACUUCUUUAUCACAAUAUGUGCUCUUUUCUCACUCGAACUGAAUGCACAUAGCCUGACAUAUCUGAUUGUUCUAUGGGCUGAACAGAAAAUUACUGAAGAAGCAUUAAAUGUUUUUUUUAUGUAAUUCACAAGUAUGCGAAAGUACUUUCCAUGCAGCUCGUUCGAUGUCCGGUCCAUUUUCAUCUGUGGUGAACUUUACUGUUCACGAGUUUCUUCAGCGUGUCGAGAAACUCGCUGUUCUUCAAAGUGUCAAGUGUUCGCGUCUGAAUCCAAGAACAAUAAUAUUAGAUUUCCCAAACAUCACAAACAAUCUAAACAACAUUUUCAAGUACACUCAACGUCUACAAUAUCAACUACGAUUACAGAACAAUUGAUUGAAGAAACAGUUUUUAAUGCUUACAUUAAAGCUAGUCAGAUUCUAUCUCAAUGUGAACUUUCUAUUGUUAAUCCUCAUGAUAUGAUGCAAUCUUUUGAAGAAGUGAAUAAUUUAGCGUACAAAAGAUUAUCAGGAUCAAUAUGUACAACUUCCAAUAAAAAUUCUUCUGAAUCAUAUAAUUAUGAAGACGACAAUGAGGGCGAUGGUGAAGAUCAGGAUGCAGAUGAAGAGGAAAACGAAAAUGAUGAUAAUGAAAAACAUCAACCUAACAAGGAAUCUAUUGAGAAUGAUAUCACGAAUGAAAAUGAUGAACUAACGUCAAUGGAUGAAUUUGGUCUUGAUUGUCUUCCAAAUGUAUCUAGUUCCACCAUUCGAGGGAUGCGUUUAUUCGAUUCUUUCCAUAGUAAUCAAUCAGACUCUUUCUUUUCCGUUGAAGUCAAUGGUCGUAUCAAAUACAUGCACAAACAGACUGCAAACUGGUACUUUUCAAAAACAAAACCUAUCUUGUCUUCUGAUCGGUUGAAAAGGGUACAACAGAUAAUAUAAUUUUUUUUCUUCUAUUGUUUUUCAAUAUCAUUUUGCAAUAUAAGAAAAAAGUCAUAAAUUAUCUUUUUAUGCAAUUUUAUUAAAGAAUGAACUUAAGUCCAGUCCAUCUCACACUAUGAUCGUUGACACAUUUUACUAUAAGAUAUUCAGAGAUAGCAUCUCUAAAAGACAUCUAUGGAUCAAGUUAAAGUAUGAUCCACUGUAUCUUUAUUAAUUUUCUAUUUUACAUAAUUGUUUCAGCAAUGAAUUUACCAAAAACCUCUUUCCGGUCUAGAGAAACACUUGAUUCUAGUGAAUAUAGAUUCGCUACAUUUAAUCCCUUUAUGAAAAGAGAAACAACGAUUAUAAUCAAUCCGAAAUUCAGCUACUAUGAUGAAUGAUGUAUAUCAGUUAAAAUCACUCGAGUUGAUUCAAACUCUACUAAACUCACCCAAACUCACAAUUUGUCGAUUCCCCCUUGAUCAAGAAGCAAAACACAUCUGUGACACAAGAGUGAAAACGCUUCAUACUCCUUGAAAAUUCUGCUAAAAGUCCUUAUGGUUACUAGCAUAUCAACUGACACUGUCGUUUGCCAGAGCGUCCACUACAAAAACAUGAGUUCAACUGAACUUCUAGCUCCAAAUAAAUUAUAUUAGAUCUGAUAUGUAAUCGGAAUGUGCCUCAUUAGUGACGCUCCUACUAAAAGUAUCCAUCAGAUUAGACAGCUAAUUUCAAUAUACUUGAAUACAUUCGAGCACGUGAAUGAACACAGACAAGGACAUAUACCAAACAGAAAAAUUCAUUUUAUUUCAUUCAAUUUUGCUUCCGAUAGAGUGAAUAUAAACUCUUUGAGUGAUGCUUUCCGUUCAAUGUACUUUUCAAAUAUUAUGCCCUUACAGAAAAACUAUACUCAUACUUCAUUUGAAAAUAUUUCUCAAUUUUUUGCCACUUCUAAUCUCUACUGAAACCCACCAGAUGUAGACUUUUGACAUUUUUCCAAUGAAUCCUAACAACUUGACGGAUUGUUUUCAGGGGAUUUUCUAGAGCCAUGGCUAGUCACUCGUCGGCUACCCACUGCCAUGUUUAAUUCUAUUCCUCUAUCAGACCAUCCUUUUUUUGAUUUACAUUCCAUAUGAUCCCAGAUUGUGGUUACUUUGAAAAAUCGUUAGAUUUGUAGUAC